GGUCGGCCACUUGACGUCAGCCCGUCUCAGCACCUCAUCUCGUGGCAUCGCAUCUGUACGUCACCGGCAAGACGUCAUGUGCGAGGCCUGCUGCUCUAUAUAUACCCCUCCCCCAAUCUCUCCUCUUCUCCACCUUCUCAACAAGACUCUUAUACUGUAUCUCUACUCGAACGAUUAACAACCAUAAUGUCCAACACCAUCAACAACGUCGAACGCAAGAUCGAAAACACCUUCUCCAGUGGCCAGCCUGGCACCACCGGUAGGGAACCCUUCGAGGACUCUUCCACUUCUAUCGGCGGCAACACCGGCACCGGGCAGUACGGCUCUGGGACAAAUACCCACGGUUUGGGCAACACCUCAAGCCUUGGCCAGGGUCAGACUGGAGGUGCCUACGGAUCUUCAGGCCAAUCAGGUCUCGGUCAGACUACCUCUUCAAACUAUGGAGGUGACAAUUUGGGCAACACCUCAAGCCUUGGCCAGGGUCAGACUGGAGGUGCCUAUGGGUCAUCAGGCCAGUCAGGUCUCGGUCAGACUACCUCUUCAGGCUAUGGAGGUGACAACGUGACCGGUAUCGACUCUCAACACAACCAAGGAGUCGGCGCUGGAUCGACCGGUCUUCACUCUGGAUCAGGCGUCGGCCCCAACACUACUAGCGGUUCGGGCCUCGGCCACACUUCGUCUACAGGUCAGGCCGGCUCAACCACUUCUGGUUCUCACCACGGCACCGGAACAGGCCUCGGAGCGGGCGCUGCUGCUGGCGGAGCCGCGUACGAAGCCGAGAAGCACCUCGGCAAGGGCGGCCACAACUCCUCUUCGACAGGGGCCUCCCAUGGCAACACUCUUCCAGAACAGCAACAGUUUAGAAAUGAGUCCUCGAAUCCUUCUGGUACGGGUUUGACUGGAUCCCAAGGCGUAUCGGGCCUCGACUCUAGGCAGCAGGGCUCUCUCAACCAAGGCACUACCGGCACAAACUAUGGUUCAGACUCUACCAACAAGCAUCAUGGAGCAGGACUCGCUUCGGGGGCUGCUGCUAGCGGCGCUGCCUACGAGGCCCAGAAGCACGGCAAGCACAACACGUCCGACACUGCCGCUGGCACUCGCGAUGUCUCUGGAACAUCUGGGGCUCACGGAUACAACGCUCAGUCUUCCAACGUCGCGGGUCACGGUUUGACUGGCGACAACAAGACUCACUCCUCUACCCAUGGGUCACACACUCACGGGUCUGGCAACCACAGCUCUGCAGGCAAUGUUGCCCGAGAAGCUGAGCGAGAGGGCUCUCAUGCUCACCACUCGGGAGCCGGCAAGAACGCUGCUGCCGGUACCGCCGCAGGGGCAGCCAGUGGCGCUGCUGUCGGUCAUCAUGCGUCGAACACCCACGACCGAUCCACUACCUCUUCCGACCCUACCUCCACCCAGGCUCCCGAGCAGUCUCACGAAGGUGGUGGUUCUAACGGCUUGGGUACCCACGCUGCCGACUGCUCUGGCGGCCCUCAUGACUCGACCCACCACAAAGUUUUGCCCGGAAACCAACCCGGAUCGGGGCACACGGGACAAGGUGUGUCUGGAGGCACGCGUACUGCAGGCGAAGGAGCUUCCACCGACAAGGUCGGCAAGCAAGGUCAGAACGCGGCCGCCUACGAGAGGUCGACUACCGAGGGCCCCGUCACUGGCGGCGCUGCGGGUACCGACCGCUUCGACACUGACAAGUCGUCUUCUUCUCACGGGGGUGUGAAGGGAGCUGCUGCCGGAGCGGCAGCAGGCGCAGCGGGAGGGGCCGCCACUGGCCACCACUCUGGAUCGCACAACCAAACUGGCUUGACCGGAUCGGGUACAGGCAAGACCCACAACUACGAUGGGACUACCGGGUCUCACUCGGGUUUGAGCGGUUCUGAGGACCCCAGCAAGCAGCAGUCUGGCGGCGCCAAGGGUAUUGUAAGUUGAACUGUAUCUGGAGUCGAAUUUUUGCUCAACUCUAUCAGUUUACCACGAGUGACAAGGACUUUACCAACAACGAACGUCUCGGCAAGGGCGCCUACGAAGACAGCAACGCCGCCGUUCAGAACAACACGUCUGGGCCCGGUGGCAACCCUGCUUUGACUGGACGCGAGGGCAAUUCGCGAACCAACCCCGUCUCUGGCGAGACCGGCCUUUCCCACACAUCUUCUUCCCACACUUCUGGUCACCAUGGAACGGCUACUGGAGCGGGUGUCGGAGGAGUUACUGGAGGUGCGGCCUACGAAGCCAACAAGCACUCUGGAAACCAUGGUACUUCCACGGGUUCUUCUGUCCCCGGCCAAUACCCCUCUUCUACCACAGCUUCGUCCACUGGUGGCGUUCAUGACUCUGCUGGUCACCGAGCCGGUGUGGUUGGCGGAGAUGGCACAACCGCCACGAACGCCUCGUCUGGGUACGGACAGGGUGCGCAAACCGGCCAGUACACUGGGACUCAGUCCACAGGCACUACUACCCCCUCUACCGGGGCGACCGGUACUUCUGGCCACUCCACCACUGCUCAGAACGUCGAGGCUGCUGAGGAAGACAGCACCCAGAAGAAGGGGUUGAUCGAGAAGGUCAAGGAAGCCAUUCUUUAAGUAUGAUCAUUUUGUAAAUCUAUGACUUUGUAGUGGACUCGUCCUCGUUGAAUCGCAAACAAUUAGCCAAACAUGUAGCUAGUAAUAACAGAAAAAGAAUGUAUCAGCUGCCGAAUAUG